AUGUCAGGUCGCGGCAAGACAGGCGGGAAGGCACGAGCCAAGGCCAAGUCCCGCUCUUCCAGAGCCGGGCUUCAGUUUCCCGUGGGCAGAGUCCACCGGCUGCUGCGCAAGGGAAACUACGCCGAGCGCAUCGGCGGCGGAGCGCCCGUUUAUUUGGCCGCGGUGCUCGAGUACCUCAGCGCCGAGAUCCUGGAGCUGGCCGGCAACGCAGCCAGGGACAACAAGAAGAGCCGCAUCAUCCCGCGCCACUUGCAGCUGGCGGUGCGCAACGAUGAGGAGCUGAACAAGCUGCUGGGCGGAGUGACCAUCGCGCAGGGCGGAGUCCUGCCCAACAUCCACGCCGUCUUGCUGCCCAAGAAGACCGAAGCUCUGCACAGCGCGGCCGCCGCCAAGGCCGCGCCCAAGCCCGGCACCAAGGCCGCCAAAGGCACCAAGGCGCCCCUCAAGCCCAGCACCGCGCCCGUCGCGGUCCAGUGA